ACAAUUAAGGCAAAAGGAGCAGAGGACCUGUUAUUUCCAAAAACGGCUGCAUGAGUUAAAAAUGGCAAGGAAUAAGUCCACGGUGUACCUGGGCUAUGUGGAUGAUGAGGAAAUACCUGCAAAGGCUCCCUAUUUGAACAGCUGCACGAAUAAAAUCGGCGGCAAUCCUAACUGGCCGAGAAAUGAAAUUACUGUGCCUGCAUGCCCCGUUUGUGGUAUGUUGCGUCCUCUGAUUGUGCAAAUGUAUGCGCCCUUGGAGCGAUCACAAUUUCAUCGCAAUCUCUACAUUUUUGGAUGUCUGAGUCCAGCUUGCUCCCAAAAUGCCAAGAGCUGGUUAUGUGUGCGCACCCAACACUUGGACACAGCAAAUCAAUUUGAUCUUAUAAGUGAGCAGUCACCGAAGAACACGGGUGGAAAGCAAAAGAAAAAGCAACACAACAGCAAGGCAACUAAGGUGAACUGGUGCAGUGGAGCAGACGAUUGGGGCGAGCCUGAGAUUGCAGAGGAAGACAUGGAUCUGGCUGGUGAUGACGAGCAAAAUGGAAAUGGCAACGUCAGGUCAAAUCUGCUGCAGUAUGGCAACGGGGAGGCUGUGGAUGAUGAAGGUCAGCAGGACUUGGCAAAAAUGGCCGACGAAGAAGAUGACGAUGAAAGCACAUCUGUGGAAAACGACUUGAUCUGUGGGUUCGGUCAGUUAGAUAUGAGCUCUCAGCAGAAUUGUGGUGAAGAUCCCAAUGCGAACUGUGAGGCAGCCGCGGUGGCCACAGCGCGUACGGACGCGGGCGCAACAGCCAUGAUUUGCGCAGAAAUCGAGGGGUCGGAGACGGAUCUCGUACUGGUUGAUACACCAAAAAAGCCAGAACGGGACCUCAUUGCUUUGCUUAAGCACACCUCUCUGCCAGCAACGCUUGGACCACUUUCCCAACUCAAGGACAUUACCCUGAAGUCGUUUUACAUUGCCGUAGAUGUAGAGAAAAGUACUAUGCACGAAAACUAUGACGGGGCUCUUUCGAUGGAUCACAUACGUGACCUUUAUCAGGAAUAUAAGCGACGAGAUGAGGAUCCAGCGCGUUCUCCGCUUUCUGUAGCUCCAUCUGGUAGCGCUGUUGGAGCAGCCAGCGAACCUGUAGAGGAACAGGAGUCGUAUGAAAAAACUUUUCCCGCCCAUGGCGAUGUUAUGUUCCAUAAUUUCAUAACAACCAUUCAACGUAAUCCAGGACAGGUCUUGAGGUAUUCGCGGGAUACGCUUCCACUUUUGGUGGAACCGCUUAAAGAGCCGAUUUUAAAGUGUCAGAACUGUAAGAGCGAAACUAUCUGCGAGGUGCAGCUAUUGCCCACGCUAAUUCCAACGCUGCGAUUUCAACAGGACGGCUCCUACGCACCGAUUGAAUUUGGCACCGUGCUAGUCUUCACUUGUCUCAAAAGCUGCUGGGAUACACCCGACAAGAUGCGCUACGAACACAUUGUUGUGCAGUCAGAAACAUAGAGGAUGGGUUCAUGGAUGGGCAAUGAACUUAGCGAACGAAAUGGCGAUGUUCUUUAGCCGUAUGAAAAUUAUUUUAAACUGCACGUAGUCGUUGUCUCUUCGAUAAUGAAAAGCAAAGCUUCUCAAUUAUCCUAGAAAGAUUUUAUGCUCUAGCUCUUAAGAAUGUUGUACGCUUUUAGACAGCAAAUUCCAAGACCCAUAGAAAAAAUAGUUGCUAAUACUAUGUAUUUCGUUAUUUCUAUUCACAUUAAAA